AUGUUAGCUCGCUCCCUUCUGCAGCAUAGCAUGAGACAUCGCACUCUAGCCUCCGUCCCGGCCCUGUGGGCCUCCAUCCCCUGUCCACGCUCUGAGCUGCGCCUGGACCUGGUUCUGGCUUCUGGACAGUCAUUCCGGUGGAGGGAGCAAAGCCCUGCGCACUGGAGUGGCGUGCUGGCCGACCAGGUAUGGACACUGACCCAGACUGAGGAGCAUCUUUACUGCACUGUGUACCGAGGGGAUAAGGGCCGGGUUGGCAGGCCCACACUGGAAGAGCUAAAGGCCGUGCGACAGUACUUCCAGCUGGAUGUCAGCCUUGCUCAGCUGUAUCACCACUGGAGUUCCGUGGACCCCCACUUUCAAGAGGUGGCUGAGAAAUUCCAAGGUGUGCGACUCCUGCAACAGGACCCCGUCGAGUGCCUCUUCUCCUUCAUCUGUUCCUCCAACAACAACAUUGCCCGCAUCACUGGCAUGGUGGAGCGGCUCUGCCAGACCUUCGGACCUCGGCUCCUCCAGCUUGAUGAUGUCGCCUACCAUGGCUUCCCCAGCUUGCAGGCCCUGACUGGGCCACAGGUGGAGGCUCAGCUCAGGAAGCUGGGCCUGGGGUAUCGUGCCCGCUACGUGAGUGCCAGUGCCCGAGCCAUCCUGGAAGAACGGGGUGGACUUCCCUGGCUGCAGCAGCUGCGCAAGGCCCCCUAUGAGGAGGCCCAUAAGGCCCUCUGCACCCUGCCUGGGGUAGGCACCAAGGUGGCCGACUGCAUCUGCUUGAUGGCCCUAGACAAGCCCCAGGCUGUGCCCGUGGACGUCCACGUGUGGCAGAUCGCUCAAUGUGACUACAGCUGGCACCCCACCACCGCCAAGGGUCCGAGCCCGCAGGCCAACAAGGAACUGGGAACCCAGAGCUGUGGCAAGAGCAGCCUCUGUUCCACCCACUGUCAGCCAGAAGUGAGAAGCCCAGGCCAGUCGGGCCAUACAAGGCCACCAUGGGGCCUGGGCAGUAGGAAACAGGAAGCAGUGAUCAACUGGCUAGAGGAAGCACCACCCUGGACGCAGCCUCCCCAGCCAGUCAGGCUCAGGAGUGAGGACCUUCCCAACCCCACCCCCCAGCUCAGGGACAGCUCCCCCCUUCUCCCCUGCCCUGAGACUCACGUUCCCAGAACAUCACGGAAGUCGUAAAUGUCCCCAAUGUCCUCCGCCUGCUUCCAGCUGGGGCCUUCCACUGCCCCCGGCAUGGCCCACUGCCCCCUGGCCACAGCCAGGUCUCCUGGGAAAGGGAAUGGAAGGAAAAGACUCAGCCGGGCCCAGCCUUCUUCGUGGGAACUUACUGGGGGCCCCAUUCAGCCUGUGUUUAUUCAUUCCUUGAUUCAUUCAUUUGACAAAAUCAUUCAACUUUCACUCAUUCACAGGUCAUUUGGUCAUUCAGCAACAUCCAUGCAUCAUAUCCUUAUGCCUAGAGGAAAAUCCUUCAGGGUGGCAGCAAAAUUCUUUAUUCAACAAAGUCACUCAUUCAUUCGUUUAUUCAGCUCACCUCUCAGUUUCUCCCUCUCUAAAUCCAAACACUCAGGGGGACACUGACCUCUGGGAGGACAGCAGAGAAGACCCCAGAGCAGCUUGUAGAAAUGCACAGACCCGGAGGAUCCCCCGUCCCCAGAACCAGCGAUGUCCCAGCCCCACCCUGGGAAUUGCUGGGGUGUCUCCUCUCCCUCCUCCUUCUCCCUGCCAGGCCUCUCGGAAAUCAGGUUUCCGUCAGCCUGGGCUUCCAGCAAUAUCUCAGCCAUGUUUUUAAAUAGCUCCUUCUGCACUGUUACCACAGCAACAGCAGCCACAGCUGGAGCUCCCCGGACCUCCUAUUACCCCCCUCUCACUCCUGACUCCCCGUCUGGGUCCCAGCAGCCUGAGAAAUGGUCCCACCCAACCUGUCCCCUCCCGGCUUGAUCUCACCCUGAUCCAGCCUGUACUUUUCUCUGUUGAGACCUCUGUCUCAACCAGCAGUAGAGGGUGAGCAUUCUCUCUCCAUUUAUCAGAUGGAGAAUGGGGAGACUGAGGUUGGCGAUGGAUAGGGUCUGGACCCAGAGUUGCCCAAUGACCCUAGCUGGGGGCCCAGCUAAGCUUGCUGAAGGUAAAGGCCUUGGAGGGUGCUGCAGCCAGACUAGGACCCAUCCAGAGAACACAGCCUCUCAAUCCCAUCCCAGGCCCACAGAAAGUGAGGCCAAAAGAGAGUCCACUGUGUGACCUCAGUCACUGUGUGACCUCAGGGAGAGCACUUUUCUUCUGUUUCUUCUGUGGGAAAAUGAGGGGAAGGUGCCCUGACUAGAGCCCCUGGUGUGCGAUCCCACUCUUUGGGUGGGACUUUGUUCCCAGGGGGGUCUGGCCACCUAUCCCAGGGGCAGAAACUUCUAGGAAAGGAGACUUGAUGGUAAGCUCUAGAGGCAGAAUUUUUAAACCCACCUGGAGGCCUGGCAAAUACAAACCUCACAGUUCCACACAUAUCCCUACACCCAGAUACACCACACCAAGACCCACCCACACCCCUGAACCCAAACACCUGCCCCCAGAUCCAGCACACUCCAUCUCCAGAUGAUACUCUGACAUCUGAUCAUACAUGUACCCCCAGACAUCAGCACACAUGUCCAAAGACACACUUCCUCAGACAUCCUCACACCCAGAUAUCCCUCCCACGGAUCCCUCUCACACCCCAAAACACACAUCCACACACACCUGGAUGAGAUGACAUGCAGACAGGACAGACACACCCCUCACCUGUACAACCAGACAUCCCAGAUUCAUUCACAUCCUUCACCCUCCAGCUCCUAUACACCCUAGAAGCUCUUAAACUCCAAAUCCUCAUACAUCUAACUCCAAACAUCCUCAGUACACAACUGUAUACCCCCCAACUCUGACUUACUACCCUUUGAGCCAGAUUCCAGCACACACAACACCUAGGUACACAUGUGCAGCCCAAACACUGAUUCCCAGACAUCCCCACCCAUACGGAUACCCUUACACACCAACAUGCUGCAACUUCAUAUCAGAUCCACUUGCGUGUGCUAUGACAUUCGCAUACCCCAACACGGCCCCCACACGUCUUUACCUCCUAAUGCCCAGUCCUUCCACGUUCAGGCCCAGCUGAAGGCAGACACACACACGCACACAUACACACACACACCACACCACACCACACACCACACACACACCACACCACAUCACACACACACACACACACCCACCCACCCUCUCCUCCUUCCUCUUUUACCCACUCAGUUUCCCACCGGCCGCCUGGCACCUGCUGGGCCUGGGGCAUAGGUGGGGGGGAAAGGCCCAGCCCUGACCCUGUAGAGUCCAGCACGCCCAGGCACCCCCUCCCAUCUUUCGGGGA